AUCCAUCACACGUCCGGGAACCGCUUUGUGUUUCUCAUCCAUCAGAAACAGCAUCAACCGCUUGCUGCUGCUGUUGCGAUUCUGUCUCCUCCUUGGGAGCAAACUCCUGUCCGGAUAAACAACCACCCCAUGGCUGCCGUGCGAGGGUCCCCUUUGGGCCAUGAUGAUCUCUGAUCUGGGAAAGAUGGAUCUUUUGAGGACCCCGGCUGUGGAAAAAGUCAGAAAGCCCCUUCUUUGCGUAACAAUCUCUCUGCAUCCAGUCCUUCAUCUCCUGGUGGCCUGGAGGCCUUCUUCCAAAGGGAGAGCGCAAAGGCCUGCAGAUUCAAAACUGCACAGUGCGUUUUAACCACAGUCGGGCUGAGAAAAAGGGCUAACUUUCCCCAUUCGACUCCCAAGUGAUGUGGGUAGAUGCUGUUCACAUGGGACCUGGAGGAUUCACAUUCUACUGGACCGAUUCACGGGGAGGACGGGAGGGUUGGGUUGGUGGCUGUGUCUCCGCAACCUCUGGGCUUUUGAGGUUGGGAUGAUCCCUAUCCUGAAGCUAAGCUCUGAUGUUCCUUCUCAUGGCCAGUGGCUUUCUUGGGUGGGGGGAGAUCUGGAAGUUGGCAUCUGCAUCUCCCCGGAGGCGGCGUACAGCUAAAAGCGAAAGUGUGCCAGGGCCAAACUCUCCUCGACACCCCUCGUCUCCUGUCCUGGAAUCCCUCUCCCGUCGGAUGCAUUUAUGUGCGUGUUUGCUCAGGGCAGGGGCCCUCCACGCAUGCUCAGAGGCACCCUUUCCCCGUUGAGACAUCUUCUAGGGCGGUGCCCUGGUGAAGCCGUGUUGCUGCCUUGGAAUUAUACACCAGCAUCCGCCCUCCUUUUCGUCGGUUUCUUCUCACAUGUACAGAGCCCGGAGAGUCAAGUGGAUUUGGGGUCAGCCAACGAGAAACUGCUUCUUGGAAAGCUGAGGGUCAGCCAUAAAAAGCUUGCCUCUUUUGAAAAACAGGUCCUGUGCCUUACGCAGGAGGGUUCGAGGCCUAGCCUUUGAGGACCAGGGUCGCUUCUGUUUACGGCUGCUUCUGGGGUCCCUCCGGAAGCCGCCCUCCUUUGGGCCAGAGUCAUGCCCUCCCGGAGCGAUUCCAGCUACUCGCUGACAGCCCGCACCACGUCCCGCAGCUUCACGCACCUCCGCGUCCGGCGGGCCUGGCUCCAGAUUAUCCUCCUUCUCGGCUUCGUUCAGAUGAUCCUGGGCGUCCUGAUCGUGACGCUGAGCCUUCUGGUAACUACCAACAUGCCCUCGCAGAGCCACAUCCGGAACGCGUGUCCCAUCUGGGCUGGUUUUCCGUUGGCAUUCUCCGGAGUGGUUGGCAUCGUCUCCUGGAGGCGCCCGUUCACCCCGGUG